CAGUGCGUCAUACAUUCGGUUGGGCAUCGGGCUUAGAGCACGACAUCAGACGUUUUGUUGAAAAAGUGGUCUCCGGGUCUCCCAUGUGCGUAGAGUAGAGAAAUGUGAAUUAAAAUCAGUGAGAAAUAUCGAUUGGUAACUUUUGCAGAAUAUUACUGAAGCACGUUACUUGCAAAAGACGCAAUGGUGCUGACCAAAGAAUACAGAAUUUGUAUGCCAUUAACCGUUGAAGAGUAUCAAAUAGGGCAACUGUACAUGAUAGCUAGGCACAGCUUGGAGAAGUCUGACAGUGGCCAGGGGGUGGAAGUUGUUGAGAAUUCAGAAUGCGAGAGUGAAGAGCACGGAAAGGGUCAAUUUACGGAAAAGCGUGUCCAUCUAUCCAAUCGUCUUCCGUACUGGAUUCAGGCUGUUUGCCCACGAGUCUUUUACAUAACCGAAAAGGCAUGGAACUACUAUCCAUUUACAAUAACAGAAUACACGUGCUCAUUCAUCCCAAAAUUCAGCAUAUCCAUCCAAACGAGGUACGAGAAUAACAACGGAUGUACGGAAAACUGCCUGAAACUAUCGUCAGAAAAACUGGCUGAAAGAACUGUUGACCAUGUUGAUAUUGCAUUUGAAGAAAUUGAUCAGAAACACUACAAACAGGAGGAAGAUCCCAAGUACUUCAAGUCCAAAGUGACAGGAAGAGGGCCUCUGAUUGAAGGCUGGAGAGAGCAUGAAAGUCCCAUUAUGUGUUCUUAUAAAUUGGUCAGUGCUUCCUUUGAAGUUUGGGGACUUCAGACUCGCGUGGAAGACUUUAUUCAUCGGUGUAUCCGGGAGAUUUUACUCGUGGGACAUCGUCAGGCAUUCACGUGGAUGGAUGAGUGGUACAAUAUGACCAUGGAGGAUGUACGCGAAUAUGAAAAGUCCAAGCAAACAGAGACCAAUGAGAAAGUCCUUCAAAGCACCAACAAUGAUGCAGGGAAUUCAUUAGAACAGCAACAAGCUGAACAAACGCCAUCAGUAUCGUCAAUUGACUAGGAUUAAGGAUCAUCUGAUCAACUGCUCAAGUUUUUUUUUCGAAAUAUUAAUUCAUUAGUUGUCUUUUGUGGUUUAUUCUCGAAGGUACAAGCUUCUGUGAAAGUGUUUAGGUUGAAUGUGAAUUUAUUAUUCAAAGAUCUUAGUUCUCCAAUGUGUUUUAGAAAGAAUAUAUUAGUGAUGUUAGUAUUAUGGACAUCUAUUUGUGAAUUAUACACCUCUCAAAGUAUCCACCGGUCUCUCAAAGAUUCUGGGUUUAAAAUAAUUAAAUGAAUUUUUGAAGUAACACUGUUUAGUCGAAUAAAUAUUGAUGGAAGGUGAAUAAAAA